AAUGUUUCCUGCAUUAUUUUCAAGGCCCAGCUGCAGUGGCGACAACGCAUUCGUCACGAGAGUGAAUGACCUUGAUUUUCUUUAAAACUUGGGAAAAUGUCAACGGAAUAUCCACCUUUUAGACUUGGAAAACCGCGUUAUGAUCAGUCAACAUUUGAAGGCAGACUGCGUCACUUUUUUGAUGUCAUUGAUCCAAGAACUCUUUUUACCUCAAAGGAGAAAUUGCAGAGUUGUAUUAAACUGUUAGACGAUUUUGAUAAAGGCAGAAUACCUCCCACUGUUUCUGACAGAGAGUUAUGGGAAGCUCAAAAAAUAAAACAAGCAAUAAUACAUCCAGAUACCGGAGAAAAGAUCUUUAUGCCCUUCAGAAUGUCAGGAUUUGUGCCAUUUGGAUCUCCAAUGGUUGUUGGACUAUUAUUACCCAAUCAGACGAUUGCCACCACCGUGUUUUGGCAGUGGAUAAAUCAGAGCCACAAUGCCUGUGUUAACUAUUCCAACAGAAAUGCCACAUCGCCCACACCUAUGAGUCGCUUUCUUCUGGGAUAUACAGGGGCAGUAACCACAGCUGUAUCUAUUGCUGUUAGCUUAAAUGUAUUAAUUAAGAAGGCAAAUAAAUUUAGUCCUGCAACGAAGCUCUUAAUCCAGAAGUUUGUACCUUUCCCCGCAGUAGCUUGUGCUAGCACCUGUAAUCUCCUGCUGAUGAGGAACUCUGAGCUGACAACAGGUAUAGAGAUUGAGGAUCACAAUGGAAACGUUAUUGGCAAGUCCCAAGUAGCCGCUAGGAAGGCCUUAACAGAGACCGCCAUUACUAGAAUGCUAAUGCCUGCGCCUAUUCUUGUGAUACCACCACUGAUAAUGUCUAUGCUUGAAAAAACGGUGCUUCUGAAAAGAUAUCCUCGUGUACAUUUACCAAUCCACGCCACGAUCGUCACUGCCUGCUUUGGACUAGCUCUUCCUGUUGCUAUAGCGAUAUUUCCUCAGUACUCAAAGAUUUCUACAAGCAGUUUGGAACCAGAAAUCCAAAAGCUGACCAGUGAGAAAACAUUAAUUUACAACAAAGGACUUUGAGUUAUAUGUCCCAUCGAUACUAUAAACCAUGUCAUUGCAUCGAAUACGGUAGCUGUUCCCUUGCGGCUUUUGUUGUGACAUUAUAAUUAUAAACAGAGUUCCUGUUGGAUAUGAAUAUAAUUUAUAUUUAUAGAAUUUGAUGAACUGUUUUGAAUUUUAUAUGCAUAUUACGUAUACUCGGAUA